AUGUCCAUCUUCCUCCACAAGAAUGCACUAAACUCACGGCACAAUCAAAAAGGAUUUCUAUGCUAUGAUCUUAAUCUUCGUCGAAUUCGGGUUUCUAGAAAUGUCGUUUUCUUUGAAAAUAAAUAUUUUUUUGCAACCCAUCAUGAUCUUCCUUCUUCUACAUUUUCUGUUUUGCCACUAUUUUCGAACUCUUCUGCAGGCCAGCCAUCCUCUAAGCCCCUAUUGACCUACCAAAGACGUCGUGUUGUCACCCAAAAUCAGCCAGCUGACUCCCACGGGCCCCUUCGGGAAAGUUCCUCGACUGCUGAUCCAACACAGGAACCAGAACCAGGCCCUAUACGACACAGUACGCGCAUCCGUAAGCUGCCAGAAAAGUAUGGUUUCUCUAAUCCCUUAUCCUUGACAGCAGCAUUGUCCUGUGUUCCUAUUCCCUCUUCUUAUAAACAGGCAAUGGAGCAUGGUUGUUGGCAGACAGCUAUUGAAAAUGAACCUCUUGCCUUAGAAGAAAAUCAAACGUGGGACACUGUACCUUGUCCUCCAACUGACCUUUAG